AUGUUCUUGAAGCAAGGUUUGUCAUUGCCCGUCAGUGCAGGCACUGAGGGGACCUGUGACUCAACUUCCCAGGCCCCUUACUCCAUUCAGCAACCACUCCAGAACCCUGCUGAGGUUAGUUUUCAGGCUGGUUAUGAGCAGGACUACCAAGAUCCCCCGAGAUUCUUCUUCACUAGCCAGUUCACAAAUCCCAUCGGAGGUGCCCAUAUGCAUGGCACCAUGGAGAGCGAGACCCCCACCCUUCCUAUGUACAAGUGCAGUGAUACCACCAGUAACAUGGCCCAGAAAAGAUCCUAUCGCUCCCGGCUCCAGGAGCUUGUUGCAGGACAGAGCAAGACUCCAGCUAAAGUUUUGGCACCACAGUCCCAAGACUUCCAACACAGCAAUUGUGGGAACCACUGGUCAACCUUCAUGGAGUCUUCCAAAGCAGUUGGAGCUGGCGAGGACAAUUCCUGUCCUCAGGAAGAGCUUCCUCCACCUCCUCUCAGUCAAGAAUACCCUGGCAACCCCGGGAAAAGGAGUAGACGGAAGGCUGGCAGCUCUCAGCUGGAGCAGCAGCACCUCACCACUAGUGAAAUCACCUCCCCCAGUGCACAGCUCCCUGGGCUGUCUUCUGAGGAAGCCACGAAGGUCCCCACUUCUACUGCCCCUUCCUGCCUGCUCCAGGAUGCUGUGGAAGACCAGGUGGUAGUAUUCGACAUGGCCACGGGCAACACCAAGAUAGGACUGCUGUGCCACGACCCCAAGGGAUCACGGUCAGUGCUGGUUGGACUUGUCCCCAGCUCCUCAGCCAAUCCUUCCUCUGAAAAUGAGGUGCCUGACCAGCCCAAGCCUGUGCCUGCCUGCCCCACUAACAAUCACUCUAACUUCUGGCCAGUAUCAUCCAUGAACAACUGCCCAGAGGUGGCCCUGGUCCAUAAGGAUUCAACAUUCAACCUGAAGGAAAAGGAUAACCCUCAACCUGUGUCACCCCAGAGGCCCCCUUGUAGUUAUCAGCAUGCUGCAGUGGAGCAGCCUCCCAUCACGAACCAGUUCUACUUUCCAAGUUCAUCCCCUCUUCCGGGGACCCCUCUGGACCGGAAGCCUCCCCAGGAACUAUCUGUCCACCAUGAACCCAGCCUUUCAAAUGUACCUCAAACCACCAGGGAGAAUGCCCAGGUCCCUGAUCUGUACCAGGAAAGGGAGACCAAGAAACUGCCUGACUAUGGGGGCACCCGCAGGGUAUCCCCAACUUCUGAGGAGGCUGAAGUCCAUCUGAACAGAGAAAAGGCAGCUCUCAAUGACAUCCACAGCUCCAAGGGAUGCAGGAUUUUCUGGCAACCCGGCAACCCUGCCAUGGUGCAGGACAAACCCCAUUCCCUGUACACGCUCAGCACUCCUGGCCCCGGCUGCAAGGUGUUGCCCGUGGCCAUGGUGCGCACUGACUCCCAGGGUUCCCAGCUCAAGCUGACAGAUGAAGAUGUCACACACUCCUCCAUGGUGGCACACCUCGGUCUGCUCCACGGGACCUGCUACGAGCUGGUGUCUCCCACAGCCGUGUUGCCAGCACACACCCCAGUGCUCUGCCACCAGCCAGUGAGUCCUUACCAGAAAAUGACAGCUGUGGUGAUAGACACAGGCUCGGGCUUCACCAAAUGUGGACUGGCUGGAGAGGACCAUGUCCUUAGCGUGGUCUCCUCUUACAUCCAGCUGCUACAGCAGCCAGUCCAGGGCCAACCCCGGUUUUUGGUGCCCAAGAACCAAAAGGGCUCCUACUCGGUGCUGAACCGAGGAGUGGUCUCUGACUGGGAUGCCCUGGAGGUGUUAUGGCAGCACUUGUUCUAUUGCCGCCUGGGUAUCCGGCCCGAGGAACUGGCCGUGCUCGUGGCUGACUCGCCCAUCUCCCCACGCACCAACCGAGAAAAGAUGGCCGAGAUCCUUUUUGAGCGUUUCCAGGUGCCUGCCAUGCAGACAGUACAUCAAGCAUUGCUGGCGCUCUAUGCUUAUGGGAGAACCACAGGCUUAGUGCUGGGUAGCGGCCAUGGAACUUCCUACGUGACCCCCAUCCUCACUGGAGAUCUGGCCCCAAUGGACACUUACCGCUUAGAUGUGGCUGGUUGUGACCUCACUGAAAACCUGGCUCAGCUAUUGCUAGCAGGCAGCCAGUCGCUGCCCAGGGCAGACCUGGUCAACCAGAUUAAAGAAGCCUGCUGCUAUGUAGCCAUGGAUAUGGCCGCUGAGCAGGUCCACACUCAGGGCCAAGCCCAGAUGAACUUCGUGCUUCCAGAUAAACAGGUCAUCAAGGUGGGCUCUGAGCGCUUCUGUGUUCCCGAAGCCCUCUUCCAGCCACAUCUGAUAGGAGUCAACCAGCCCGGCCUCCCACAACUAGCUCUCCUGAGUAUUAACCAGCUAGAGGCCAAGCAACAAGAGCAGCUGCUGGCCAAUGUGGUGCUAGAAGGUGGCACCACCCUGCUGAGAGGCUUUCCUGAGCGCAUCAAACAGGAGCUGAGCCCCGGUGCCACUGUGCUGGCCUCUCCUCAUCGUGCUUUUGCUGCAUGGCUUGGAGGUUCCAUCAUGGCCUCCCGGGAAGCAUUCCAGAGCCUCUGGCUCAGCCGUCGUGAGUAUGAGGAGGAGGGCCCAUGGGCCAUCUACAAGUACCAAUUGUGA